ACUCCGUACUUCGCAUUCGAACACAAAACACGUACUAUCGUAUCGAUACUCGAUAAUCUUUUCGGUAGUGGGACAACACUAAUUUGUGAUUGAAACGUCACUUGUGAUUUUUAAUCUGUGCCCGUUUUAUCGUUAUAUUUUUUUUUAUUAUAUUUUUUUUCCGUUCCGUCGCGUUCGCUGUGCUCCCGUUUCGAACGUUUGCGUUCGAUUCUUUUUUUAAAUAAAACCUUGUUUUUUUUUGAAGAUGUUAAAUAGUUACACUUAUAAAAUACAAUAUUUCUUAUAUUUCGCUAUAAAAUAGUUUGUGGUUGAUGUUCAAAUUAUUGUUUUAAGUCGUUCAGUGAGUUUUACAGUGUUUCAUCAUUCUCGGCUCCGGUAAAUUACCUAUUCAUGUUCGCUCCGUACUUCAAGCUACAACAGACCACGCCCAAUACCUAAAUAAGUCGCCACCAAGAAUCUCUACAGUAUUAUAUCUACGUACGUUUAGUAAUUUAUUGAGCAAUGCAUCUGGUGCUGCUGUUCACCGCGUCCCUGCUCGGCCUGAGCCGCUGCGCCAACGUCAACAAACACAUGAGGCUACUCUCAGACUUAGAUAAUCAUAUUGAACAUAAUGUAGCUCAAAACAGCUUACAAUCCAGUGCCCGCCGCUUUCUCACGAUAACGCAGCGCCCCGAAGCGAUGUACACGCACUCUCGCGGCGAAAUGUUGGAACUAACGUGUGACGCGGUCGGCGUGCCAGCGCCCUCUAUACACUGGUUUAAAAACGACGCUCCGGUUUAUGAGUAUGACGUAGAAUCAAAUGAACUAAUAGACAGUAAUCCGAGUUCUCUUGCGCGGGUCAUUUCGACCCUGUUGGUAACGAGGACGUCGGGUCAUGACAUUUACACGUGCCUCGUCACUUCGGGCACCAAAACUGCUAGAGCUACCACCGUUGUUUAUGAAAAAGAGGGCAGCAGUAUACCGUCGGAGCGCACCAAACUUCUACCUCUAGAGCCGCGCAUAGUGGUCACUUACGAGAUGUAUGUGGACACGAUGGGCAACAACAUAGUGCUGCCUUGCCGGGUUAAGGGACACCCUAAACCCCACGUCACGUGGUUUGACAACAAGGGAAUCCCUAUUAGGAAAGAUUCUUCAAGAAUGAGGGUGCUGCGUUCAGGCGAGCUAGUGAUAUCGUCUCUGCGCUGGAGCGACAUGGGCGAGUUCACUUGCCAAGCCACCAACGUGUUCGGCUCACAACUCGCUAAGACGUUCGUUUAUCCAGCUAAAGCCGGAUAGACAGACAGACGCGCACACAGCGUCGAGUAUACUUAACUGGAUGUUCCUGGUACUAAAUAAGUUUAUAUUAGGGCCGCACCACACUGCGCGCGACAAACGCUGCGAUUUUAAUACGAUUAUUGAAGUCUUCUUGUCUUGCUACUCACUAAUAUGAAUUUUGAAAUUGUGUUAGGUUCCUAUAGCUGUUAAUUGUUCUUAAUCUGUUCUUAUUUUUCCUUUUUUUACAUAUUGUUUAUGUAACCGAGAAAAUGUAUUGAUUCCAUUGUAAUUCGUGGUUAAAAUUGUAUCAUAAAAUCUAAGCAAUAAGGAUCAUUUUGCUUUAAGUCGUUUAUCUUUAUGAGUUAGUAUCUGCCUAUCCAUAUUUUUUAGUUUUGUAAGCUAUGAAAUAUUGUCUAAAGCAAGUCUUAAGACAAAUCGACGGCUGGUCCGUCGUGCGAUUAAACGCAGCGUUUCGUCACCAGUGUGUAACCACCUUAAGAAUCGAGUCUGCCUAUUAUAUUUUUAUAUUAAUUUCGUUUUAUUAAAUUUUGUUAUUUUAAUAAAAUAGAAAACUUAAAACAUUUGUGCUAAAUCUGAAUAAUAAUGUAAUAUAAUAAUUUAAUUAUUAAUAAAAAAUGAAUUUAUGUGUGUCAAUUAAUAAUUAAUAGUUGCGAUGUUGGGUACUUGUGAGAAAUAUUCAAUUUUAUGAUUUUUUUUACUUAACUAUUUUAAUUUAAAAUCACUUUUUAUACAGAAAAGUAAUGUAAACAUGAUAGAAUAUUGAGGUUUUUUUAAAACGUUGUUUCACACUAAUAUUUUCUCCUGUGUUUACAAACAUACAAGUUCACAUACACAUGACACCCAGACCCGAAACAACAAUUUAUGUAUCACACAGUGUUGCUUCAAGCGGCAAUAGUAAAAAUAUUAUACUGUAAACGCACUUAUCUAUUUAACAAAAGAAAAUAAUUAUUAUACUACCUAUCUAUAACUAAAGUAGUCAGCAAAAGAGGGGGAAGGAGAAAAUUAAAAACCAAAUUCAGUAGGGGGCAAUAAGGAAUGAUGCCCAUUUUCACCAGAUCAACCCUGAGAAGGAUUGGCUACAGAAAGCUCUGCAUAGACAAGAGUGGAAGGAGGGUAGGGAGGCCUUUGCCCUGCAGUGGGACGAUCAUGGCUGAGGAAAACGAGAAGGAGAGACCUCCACAACAAAUAAUCAUCAUCAUCAUCAAUCGGAAGACGUCCACUGCUGAACAAAGGCCUUCCCGCUUAGUCCUCCACAACAUAUAAUAAUGUCAAAGUCAAAGUCAAAAUUAUUUAUUUCAAAUAGACCAGGAAGGCACUUUUGAACGUCAAAGCAAAUAUAAUAAUAUUAAUAACGUCUGUCUGUCGGUCAGUCCUCUAGUUGCUCUAUUUGCUCGUUCCAAAGUUUAGAUUCCUAUGGAGAAGAACGAGCAAGAAACUCCAUAGGUUACUCUUUUUCUGUCCUCUAUAUAAUUGCAAGUACCCAAUACAUAAGAAGUGAUCGAUUUUACUCGUAGAUACAUUUACUUAUUGUUUCUUUAUACUUUACUGUGAUUCAGAAUAAUUACAUGAAAUAAACAAACGGACGAAUUUA